AUGCAACACAAAUAUCACUUGGCCCUUGAAGGCAAGUUCUCAAAUUUUGUGACCAGCAACGAUCCAAAUGCCGACCUUCAAAAUCUUAUGUCUCAUAUUCGUGAUGCUGCCAAUGUUUCCAUCGGCCCAAAACCUAAAGCUCGCUUGAAACAUCACAGCAGUGAUGACACUCUCAAAGAGCUUGUUGAAAAGCGUCACGAUCUCCGACAGCUACUUAACAAUAAUCAAUCUCUUGAUCGAACUACAUUGAGGUCAUCCAUCAACCACCUCACUAAUAGUAUCCAGAAAAGAUUAGUUGAAGUGAGGUCUGCUCAAGCUGAUCAGACUAAUAGUGAUAUUACUAACACAAACGAUUCAAGGAAAAUGUUUGAAGCAGUAAGACAUCUUCAGAAAAGUAAACCACCUAAUAACUCGAUUGGUGUUCAUGAUGAAAAUGGCUGUUUGAUUGCAUCUGACGACAUGAAAGCUUCUGUUGUUAGAGACUAUCUCGAAAAACAGCUGACUCGCAAUGAGCAACCUCUCGAGCCUUUUGAGGGUCUACCACGUGCUCUCAAUGUCCCUUUUACUGGAGUUGAAAUACAUGCAGCCACCUCUAGCUUGAAAAAUGGGAGGGCAAAUGGUCCCGAUGGAAUACCCAACGAGCUAAUUAAGUACUCUAAUAGUACAGUCCAUGAACAUUAUGCUGGAAUCAUAAACAGUUGUUUCGAGACACAUACUUUCCCUAUUUCCAUUGGAGAGGCUACUAUAACACCCUUACAGAAGCCAAAAAAACCUAUUGGUCCUCUGAAGAAUUUACGUCCACUCACCUUGUCCAAUGCAGCCAGAAAAAUUCUGUCUAUGGCUACUCUUAAAAGGAUAGAAGAAAAAGUGAACGCCUUCACUGGUCCAUGGCAGUGUGCAUAUAAACGCGCUCGUUCUUGUGCUGAUAUUGUUUGGUGUCAGCGAGUUCUACUGUCAGUUGUCCAAAGGAAGAAAUGGGAGUAUCAUCGCAUGGGCAUUGAUAUGUCUAGUGCGUUUGACACGAUCAAACGCACUACGAUUCUUGAACUCCUGAAACUGUGUGGCUGUACUGAGGAUGAGCUGAGGAUUGUCCGGUUGUUGUUGUCCAACACAAAGCUACGGGUGAAGGUAAAUGGAGUUCUUUCAGCUGAGUUUUUAAGUCUCCUUGGAGCUUUCCAAGGUGACUGUCUAUCCGGCUGUCUGUUCACCCUUGUCUUGGCUGGUGCUUUGAAUGAACUUAGAUGGACUAUAACAAUCAGUUUAGAUAGGCCGAUCCCCCCGAUUACUAUUGCUGGCCUUCCACUUGACACUGAAUAUGCUGAUGAUGUUGACUUCAAUGAUGAAGAGGAAGACAACUUGAGAGCUAUUUUGCCCCAGGCAACAGCUAUACUCGAGAAAUGGAACCUCUUUGUCAAUGAAGACAAAACGGACUUCACUCAUGUUUAUUUAGCUAGUACGGGUGAAGUCGACAGUGAUGGAAAAUUAGUGUCGGGGAAUGAAGCAUGGAGGAAAAGUAUUACUCUAGGGUCCGUCUUGUGUAGCAAAGCUGAUAUUCAGCGUCGCAUAAACCUGGGAUAUGCUGCCUUUAACAAUUACAAGAAGGCCUGGAGUGAUAAACUGCCCCUAAACAAACAUAACCAUCCUGACCCCAUGUCUCUUUUGUUAGCUACGCUCACCAACGAGGCAAUCAUUGGGAAUAUUGUGUAG